AUGAAGCAGUCUUUCCUGAUUAAUCUUUUAAUAAUAGGCUAUAUUUAAACAGCCAAUUUGCAAUGCUUGAACGUAUGUUCUAGAAUUAAUUCAACUAAAAGAGGAAAUUAUCUAAAUGUUUUAAAUUAUCAUAAUGGAGAUUUAAUCUCAUCGAAAAAUAAGAAUUAGUUUAAUGAUUAUAAUGAUGGAAGUCCUUUUAGAGAUGAAAUUUAUUUGGUAACUUCUUAUUUUGGUUUUUUAAUGUGUUCUUUAGGAUAAUCUAUUUAAAUAAAUUUGAUUCAAAAAUAUGAAUUAAAUACUCUAAAAAUCUGGCUUUGGGAUAGGACUAAUAGAUUUUAUACAAUUGAAGUAUUUAUAAUAUUUGAAAAUGUGGAAACAAGGAUUUAUGAGAGUAAUUAAGCUUAAAGCAUAUUGACAAUUCAAUUUCCAGCUUAAAAGGUCGAAUCAUUUAGAAUAUAUAAUACUGGAGGUAAUACAGUUAAUUCAAUUUUACAUAUAAUAAAGGUUGAAGCUUAUUAUAAAUUUCAAUGA